AUUCACACCAGAAACAUGUUGUUGGGAUCAGAGCUCAGACUAGUUUCAGUAUUAAGGAAGAUAAACUCACACAGUCACUGACACUGAGAGGAGAAAUGGCACAGAAAGGAGUUCAGCUGGACCGAGAAACCUUCUCUUGUUCCAUCUGUUUGGAUCUACUGAAGGAUCCGGUGACUACAACCUGUGGACACAGCUACUGCAGGAACUGUAUUAAAGCACACUUUGAUGAAGAGGACAGGAAGGGAAUCCACAGCUGCCCUCAGUGCAGGAAAACUUUUAUACCGAGGCCUGUCCUGGAGAAAAACACCAUGUUAGCAGCUUUAGUGGAGCAGCUGAAGAAGACUGGACUCCAAGCUGCUCCAGCUGAUCACUGCUAUGCUGGACCUGAAGAUGUGGCCUGUGAUGUCUGCACUGGGAGGAAGCUGAAAGCCAUCAAGUCCUGUUUAUUCUGUCUGGCCUCUUACUGUGAGAAACACCUCCAACCUCACUAUGAUGCAGCUCCAUUUAAGAAACACAAGCUGGUGGCCCCCUCCAAGAAGCUCCAGGAGAACAUCUGCUCUCGUCAUGAUGAGGUGAUGAAGAUUUUCUGUCGUACUGAUCAGCAGAAUAUCUGUUAUCUCUGCACAGUGGAUGAACAUAAAGGCCAUGAAACAGUCCCAGCUGCAGCAGAAAGGACUGAGAAGCAGAAGGAGCUCGAGGUGAGACGACUAAACAUCCAGCAGAGAAUCCAGGAGCAAGAGAAAGAUGUGAAGCUGCUUCAACAGGAGGUGGAGGCCAUCAAUGGCUCUGCCAAUAAAGCAGUGGAGGACAGUGAGAAGAUGUUCACUGAGCUGAUCCGUCUCAUCCAGAAAAGAAGCUCUGAUGUGAAGCAGCAGGUCAGAUCCCAGCAGGAAACUGAAGUGAGUCGAGUCAAAGAGCUUCAGGAGAAGCUGGAGCAGGAGAUCGCUGAGCUGAAGAGGAAAGACGGCGAGCUGGAGCAGCUCUCACACACAGAGGAUCACAACCAGUUUCUACACAACUACCCCUCACUGUCAGCACUCAGUGAGUCUACACACUCAUCCAGCAUCAAUAUUCGUCCUCUGAGCUACUUUGAGGAUGUGACAGCAGCUGUGUCAGAGACCAGAGAUAAACUACAGGACAUUCUGAGAGAGGAAUGGACAAACAUCUCACUGACAGUCACUGAAGUGGAUGUUUUACUGUCACCACCAGAGCCAAAGACCAGAGCUGGAUUCUUAAAAUAUUCAUGUGAAAUCACACUGGAUCCAAACACAGCACACACACGUCUGUUAUUAUCUGAGGGGAACAGAAAAGUAACAUUGAUGAAACAAGAACAGUCUUAUUCUGAUCAUCCUGACAGAUUCACUGGAUGGUGUCAGGUCCUGAGUAGAGAGAAUCUGACUGGACGUUGUUACUGGGAGGUGGAGUGGAGAGGGGGAGCAGUCUGUGUAGCAGUUGCAUAUAAAAAUAUCAGUAGAGCAUUGUAUUCAGAUGAAUGUGUUUUUGGAGGAAAUGUUGAAUCUUGGGCAUUACGUUGUGAUAAAAACAGUUAUGAUUUUUCCUUCAACAAAGUCCAAACUCCAGUUUCAGGUCCUCGGUCCUCCAGAGUAGGAGUGUACCUGGAUCACAGAGCAGGUAUUCUGUCUUUCUACAGCGUCUCUGAAACCAUGACUCUCCUCCACAGAGUCCAGACCACAUGCACUCAGCCGCUCUAUGCUGGACUUCGGCUUUCAAAUUACGGAGCCACUGCAGAGUUGAUUAAACUGAGAUAGUCAGAAGUCAUUAAGAAACAGUUGUUUAAAAUGUGUUUUAGUUUCCACUUUAUUUGGUCUUCAUCAUCAUUGCUGAGAGCUCUGUUCUUUUUCAUCUCUGCACAGAGAUCAUCUGUUGCAUUUUAUUGGUGCAACUUUGAUAUUAUACAUUCAUUAUUUGUUUUUUUAGUUAAUAACUGACUUUGAGUGAUGUGUCUUCCUCAUUCUGAGGAACCAUGUGGCUA